GAAUGACAGUUUUAGUAAGGACAGGGAGGUUAGAGAAUGUCUGGUGCAUAUCUACUAUUAAAACAAUGUUUAAAUCUUACAUUAAUCCAUCUUCUCAAUACUUGUCUCAGUGCAAAGGGUUAACCAGAGCAACCCUUGCAACGUGACUUAAAAAGACAGGCAGUCCAUCCAAUGACAUGCAAAGGCUUGUAGAUUGGAUUUUAGACUUUGGAAUUCACUAUACAGCUUCACCACUGUAGCUCUGCGUUGGAUCUUCAUUUGUGACUCAACAUUGCCUUCAACAAGAGCUUUAAAGGUUUCCAAUUUUGUCUCUUUCUUGCUUAUUUGUUGCUUCUGCUUCUCCCUGGACAGGGACUCUCAGCCCUUGGAACUGGUUCUCAGGCAAAAGUGAUGUACUUACUCCAGCAAAAAAGUUAGGAAACUACAAAUACAUUAUUAUCCUUCCAAGGUUAUAUUCCAGAAAAUCAACAGAGCAGAAGAAAGCUGUUGUGAUGAAGAUCACAAUAUUUAUAAGCCAAAGAUCAUUGUGUGAUACAUGAGUGCUACUAUACAAAUUGUACACAGCAUUCCAUAUAAGUGGUCACAUCUCAUAAGUAAUGCAUUAAUGAUAUGUAAAGGUCAAAUGAAAAUAAAUAAAAAGGUGACAACAAAUUCCUCUUUUGAAUGUAAAGAUACAUAAGUGUACAGCAGAUGUGGACAGCUUCAUUACCUGGAAACCCCUGAAGACCUUUAGCCAGUAAAGAUGUCUGAUUCAGAUUCAGAUGAUUCAGAUUCACCGAAACGUGGAUUCAGUCUUGAAGUCCAUGAUAAUGACACUCUUGCUGCUUUUAACAAAGGAGACCAAAUAAACGAUGGAAAAAAGGACAAGAAACCCCCUAUGGAUUCUUCACACCAAAAAGAAAGCGACAAAUUUGAUGUGACAAUUGGUAUCAAUAUAGAUUUUCUACCACAAAUAAAAGGCAAUGGAACAAAGCCUCCUGACAUAGACCCUUCAGAUGUGUAUACACGAGAUAGAAUCUUCAGUGCUGUCGCUAAAGAUGAUGCAGAGGACCUUGCUGGACUUCAAGAGUAUCUACAGAAAACCAUGAAACUCCUAACUAACACUGAAUUUAAAGAUCCUGACACAGGGAAGACAUGUCUACUAAAGGCCAUGUGGAAUUUAAAGAAUGGAAUGAAUGAAACAAUCCCAAUAUUGCUGGAAGCCGCUAAAAAAUCAAAGAACCUCAAAGAGUUUGUAAAUGCUGCAUACUCAAAUGCCUAUUAUAAAGGACAGACUGCUUUGCACAUUGCCAUAGAAAAGAGAAAUUUAAAUUUAGUAAAACUUCUCAUGAAAAAUGAAGCUGACGUCCAUGCAAAAGCCGAUGGAAUAUUUUUUCAGAAGAAGAAGAAGAAAGGAGUCAGUUUUUAUUUUGGAGAGCUGCCUCUUUCACUGGCCGCCUGUACUAACCAACCAGACAUUGUGAACUAUCUUCUAAAUAACCCAUAUAAGAAUGCUCAUCUCGCUGAAAGAGAUACUCAUGGGAACACGGUCCUCCAUGCUCUGGUUUUGGUGGCUGAUGACACAGAAGAGAACACCAAAAUGGUGACAAAAAUGUACGAUGACAUCUUAAAGAAAUCAUCAAAACUCAACCCACCUGUAAAAUUGGAAGAACUUGCCAACUGGGAUGGUCUAACGCCUAUCAAACUGGCCGCAAAGAUGGGUAAAGUUGAGAUUUUUAAGCAUAUUCUUCAGAGGGAGGUUACAGAGCCAGAGUACAAUCAUCUUUCUCGGAAAUUCACAGAAUGGACGUAUGGCCCAGUGCACACAUCUCUGUAUGAUCUUUCAUCUGUGGACACUUUUGAGCAGGAUUCUGUUUUGGAAACAAUUGUAUUUAAAAGUCAUGCAGAGAAUCGGCAUAAAAUGAUAAUACUGGAGCCAAUCAACCAAUUGCUGCAAGAAAAAUGGGAUACAUUUGCCAGCAAAAUCUUCUAUCUUAAGUUCCUGAUUUAUUUUCUGUAUAUGAUUAUAUUCACAGUGACUGCGUACAAUAGGCCUCUUGAAGGAAAGCCACCAUUUCCUGUGGAAGGGACAUCAUCAGACUCCCUACGACUAAUUGGGGAAAUCAUCAUCAUGUUUGGAGGCGUCUAUAUUUUUAUUUGCCAGAUAGUCUAUUUCUGGAAGAGGAGGCCGACCUUACACGUUCUAAUGAUGGAUGGUUACUUUGAAGUGCUUUUUUUUCUUCAGUCGGCCAUCUUGCUGUGUAGUGGUUUGGCGUAUCUGGCAGGAAGCGAGCAAUAUGUGCCGUUAAUGGUCUUCGCAUUGGUGAUUGGCUGGGUGAAUAUGUUGUUCUACACUCGAGGCUUCCAGCAAACUGGUAUCUACAGUGUCAUGAUUCAAAAGACCAUCCUGAGGGACAUGCUACGCUUCCUGCUUGUGUACCUGGUCUUCCUCCUUGGCUUUGCAGCAGCUUUGGUAACACUUACUGGAGAAGCUCCUCAAAAGGCAGGAAAUGAAACAGAUGCGAGUCAAAGUGGAACAGGAACAUCAUAUAGUGGACUUUAUAGCACAUCCCUGGAGCUCUUCAAGUUUACCAUUGGCAUGGGAGAUUUGGAGUUCAAUGAAAACUUGAAAUUCAAGCACUUCUUCAUGUUCCUGCUUAUUCUCUAUGUUGUGCUCACUUACAUCCUUCUUCUGAACAUGCUGAUUGCCUUGAUGAGUGAAACUGUUAACAAGAUUUCCAAUGAGAGCAAGAGUGUUUGGAAGCUUCAGAGGGCUACCACUAUCUUGGACAUUGAGCGAUUUUUACCCAGAUGUCUUAGGAAGAAAUGGAGAUCUGGGCACCUGCUCAGUGUGGGGAGAACAGCUGAAGGGAAACCAGAUGAGAGAUGGUGCUUCAGAGUAGAGGAAAUGCUCUGGGGUGCGUGGGGAAGGGAUGUAUAUAACCUUGACGAGGAACCUGGUGACAAGAAAGAAGCAAAAGAAGCAACUUACAAGAGUCCCAAAGGUUGGAGUCAUUGGGUUACAAAAGCUCGGGAAAAAGCAAGAGAGGAGGAACAAAUGCCAUUAAAUGCAGUUUCUACAACUCCUUCAGAUGACAAGACAUUUGACCAGAUAGCGUGAGCUGAAAUUAUGCAGCAUUUCUUCAUAAAUACAGAAGAAAAUGAAAUAUUGGAAACUAUGCAAGGAAUAGAAGCUCGACAAUAACAUUGUCAUCAAAAACAAAGCGAAACAAAAAAAACUUUAUUUAGGAACAAAGGCAAUAUGAUGCUGUAAUAUUGCAGGUCAUGUCAAGUUCCAAAAGCCAACACUAUAAAGUCAUGAUAGAAUUUUUUUGUCUUAACUAUUAACUUACGACAACUUUACAUAUAAACAGGGGUGUAACUACAGGGGUCCCUUGCACCUUAAGGGGGCCCAUUUGGUCAUGCAGUCAGUAUUGGUUUCGCUUUAUGGGGGCCUGGUGGGGUGUAAAACAGGUCUCACAGUGUAAGGAAAGUGUGUAGAUUUGCCUUUACAAAUAUGGUGGCAGAAUUUUUAAGAUGGCCAUCACAUUGUGUCCGUAAGGAAAAACCUGCCACCAUAUUUUGUGCAGGUAGGCUGCACAAGUUCAUAUCUCAUGAUGUGGACUAAACAAAGGGGAAUAACUAAUCACAAUCACAUAGAAGUAGCUCCUCUUGCUCCUAUGUGACUGGUGGCUAAACUGUUUAAAUGUAAGGCCCAUCACAGCCUUUGCCCUGGGGCUAAGUGCGGUUUAGUUACAACCCUUAAAAAGCCUUUGUGUGAAACCCACCACUUUUUUAUUGCAAAGAGAUUGUGUGUAAACCUAAAGGAUCAUGCACUGAGGAAUUUUACAUUAUUAUUUGAAGCUUAAAAAAAGUAAAAAAAAAUGGAAAUGCUGUCAUUGGUCUUGAUUUAAGAGAAUGAAUGGUCUGCAUUCGCUGAGGGUGUAGAGACUGUGCACUUAUGCAAAACAAUUAUAUUAUAUGGCAAACAAACUGUAUAAUUCUUCUUAAUAUAGUACCUUAAAAACAUGUCUUUAUUUGAUUAUGUUCUCAGUUUCAGCUCUUUGUAAAGACAUUCUUUAGAUCUUUUCUUUUUGAUUGUGUAAAAUAAGUUUAAAAAGGACAUGUCAGGACACCCACAGAGACAUCGGGGCCGAAUUAUCAAAUGCCUGGCGGACAUGAUACGCUGUAGCAUAUCAUGUCCGCCAGACAUCGCUGAAUGCAGACAACAAACGCUGUCCGCAGUCAGCAUUGCACAAGCAGUUCUGGUGAACUGCUUGUGCAAUGCUGCCCCUGCAGAUUCGCAGCCAAUCGGCCUCUAGCAGAGGGUGUCAAUGAACCUAAUUGUAUAGGAUCGGGUUGAUUGCAGUACAACGCUCAGAGUCUUAAGACCGCUGCAGCUUAACUGCUACCAUAAAGGCUUGCGUGGAAACAGGGCGAGAUGGCCCCAUUCGGGCCAUCAUAAAUCGGCCCCAUCAUCUGCAUCUGAAAGUUCCCUGAAGUUGCUAAACUAUUUUUGUGAUUAAAACAGUAACUGACAGAAUCUAUGCACAUCCAAAUAUAAUACUUUACAUCUACUCUCCUAGAUUGUAAUAUUUACUACAGUAUGUGUCUUAGGUUUUUGUUUAAAUAUAUUAUUCAAGUUGCCUCCUUAGGUAAAUAAAGUUAAGGCUGGAGGGAAAAUAAUUUUGAGAAUAAUAUAUUGAAAGUAAAUUCACUAGGAUUUGUGGAAUUUGCUCUCAUUUUAAUGGACCUGCCUUAUAGGAAAACUGUUAUUAUUAUUAUGAUUAUUAUACUUUAUAAAGCGCCAACAAAACUUGUAAGAGAAGACAAAAUCUGACAAACAAGAGGAAUUAAGGGCCCUAUUCAUGUAGUAACUUACAAUCUACAGAAUUUAAAUGUGUUGACAAAUUGGAAUCUGGAGCUAUGUAUUUGAAAAAUGUAUGCAAAAAAAACAUACCUAAGCUCCAAGAUGGCAUGCUCAUUAUGAAAAUACAGGGCUUCACUAACUGACACAUGUAAGGGGUUAACUUAAGGGGCAUGAAAUCCAAUUUUUUUCUUUCAUUAUUCAGAUAGAGCACACCAUUUUAAAUAACUUUCCAUUUCAUUUGUAUGAUCAAUUUUGUUUCAUUCUUUUUGUAUCCUUUGUUGAAAAUUAUACCUAGGUAGGCUUAGAAGCUGCUGAUUAGUGGCGGUACAUAUAUUCUUCUUGUCACUGACUUUCAGCUAGCUCCCAGAAGCACAUUAUUGCUCCUUCAACAAAGGAUACCAAGAGAAUGAAGCAAAUUAAAUAAUAUAAGUAAAUUGAAAAGUUGUUUAAAAUUGUAUGUUCUAUCUGAAUCAUGAAAGAGAAAUUUUAGUUUUCAUGUCCCUUUAAGAGAACGGCUUUGAACAGAGCUGCAGGAAAAGUAAGAAAAACAAUCGGACAGUGAGGAGUGACCGUGCUACUAUAAUUCUGUCGGUAGCAAUCCUGUAGAAUUGAUUCAAUUGGGGGUUCUUAAUAGUGUAACUGGAGAAAUAUUUCAGACUCCAUAUUAAGAUUUCAGCAAUUAAAUGUUCUCACCUAGAAAUAUAUCUAACAACUGUAUCAUACUGCAGUGGUAGGAGUACAUUUUUAUUUUUUAGUUAUCUUAAAUUUAUGCUGUUCUGUAAAAUGUAUAAUUCUGCUUUAUUGUCAGUACAAUGUUUACUUUAUAUAUCAAGAUUUGUAUUAAAUUAGCAGGAUAGAUAAUAGGUUUUCAGUGCAUGAAUUAUGUUAGAUAUUAUAUACAGUGUGACACCUUCCUCUGAGGUUUAGCAGUGCUCAGUAAAUACUGUUCUGAUGCUAAACUCUAUAAUGUCUUAGUGGUGUAUGGUUCAUUGUUAAAUUGCUGUUAUUGUGAAAUUGCCAACUUUUUCAUAAAGCUUUAUUAUUGCAUUUAUCAAAUUGCACUGUUAUACUUUUUAUUAAUAAAUGCAUAUGGUAUUUUUUAA